GCUUUUUGCUGCUCAGGCUGGUUCGGAAUAAUAUUUUAUUCAGAGAAUACAUGUGUAAUGUAAAAAUCUGCUAAAAGCAAAAGUCUAUAUCAAUAAUAUUAAAAUAAUAUUUUUACUAUAUUUUUUGCACAAAAGAUUCACUGAUGAUGACUCACUGGUGUGUGUAAACUCCAUCCUCAUGCAAGAUCAUGCUCAACAUUUCCUCUUUUUCCAUCAGUGCACAAAUAUAGUUGUUGAGUGCUACCACAGCGAUAAUGGAGAGGAAAAAGCAGUUACUAGAAGGCAGGAACUAAAGAGGGAGGGAGCAGACGCCUCAGGCUUCACAUCUUGCACUAACCAGCAGCGACCAAAAAUUAUAUCAGUGUUGACUGAGGAAGGAGCACAGACCGCUGAUCUCAUGAACAGGAAAAAAACAAGCUUACAUAAGUUUCUCUUGAGUUGUGGUGGAGCAGAGACGUGUCAUGGUCUCUGAUUUGAGUGGGUGGUGUCUUCAUACUGGCAGUCACAGGCUUUGUUGGAGUGUCUGAUGGGGCAGGAUAACACUAAAAAGACUCUACUCAAUUCAAUGAAGAAGGGCAUCCUCUUCUGCUUUCUCUGUGUUUUACUGCUGUGUCUUUUCAUUAAAUGGCCAAGUGAAUUAAAGACCCUGGCAGCCAACCAUCCCAGCACCUUCUUUUGCAGCAGCAGCAUCAGCAGCAGCAACAGCAGCAACAUCAGCAGCAGCAGCAGCAGCAACAGCAGCUGCAGCUGCAGCAGCAGCAACAACAGCAGCUGCAGCAGCAACAACAGCAGCUGCAGCAGCAGCAACAUCAACAGCAGCAGCAGCAGCAAUAGCAGCUGCAGCUGCAGCAACAGCAGCAGCAACAUCAACAGCAGCAGCAGCAGCAGCAACAACAGCAACAGCAGCUGCAGCUGCAGCAGCAGCAGCAACAUCAACAGCAGCAGCAGCAGCUGCAGCUGCAGCAACAGCAGCAGCAGCAGCAACAACAGCAACAGCAGCUGCAGCUGCAGCAACAGCAGCUGCAGAAAUAUGACCACCAUCUUGCUGUGGUACUGGCCCUUCAGGAAAUCAUACAGCCUGCAGGGUGAUGUGUGCUGGGACCUUUACCGCAUCCCUUGCUGUAGACUAGUGGACCAGCGCUCCUUGUUUUCCUCAGCUGAUGUUGUGGUCUUCCACAACAGAGAGCUGCUUGAGGGCCACCAGAAGCUGCCCUUAGACCUCCAACGACCGCAGCACCAGAGGUGGGCCUGGAUGUCCCUGGAGUCCCCUCUGCACAACGGAAACUUGCGGCGGUAUGCGGGUAUCUUCAACAUCACCAUAACCUACAGGAGGGAUGCUGAUGUCAGUUCACCCUAUGGCGAGCUGAUACCAAAGGAGACGGAAGAACAUGUGGCAGAAGAUGCCGCUCUGAAUAAGAGCUCUCUGGUCUGUUGGGUGGUCAGCGAUUACUUGACACAUCACAAGAGAAGCGAAGUGUACCGUGAGCUCAAAGCCGUAGUCCCUGUGAAGGUUUACGGGCAUUGGACAAAGGCAUACCUCACCUCUGGAGCCCUCUUACCUACAAUCUCUCGCUGCUACUUCUAUUUGGCUUUCGAAAACUCGAUCGCGAAAGAUUAUAUCACUGAGAAGCUGUGGAGGAAUGCUUAUCAGGGUGGGGCAGUUCCUGUUGUCCUGGGACCGUCGUUGAAUGAUUACAAAACUAUAGCUCCGCCUCAUUCUUUCAUUCAUGUUGAUGAGUUUGCAUCAGUGAAAGAUUUAGGAAAGUAUCUACAGCAGCUGGCAGAGGACAAGAAACGCUACAGUGAAUAUUUUACGUGGAAACAACAGUGGAAAGUGAAACUUUACACAGACUGGAGAGAGAGACUGUGUAAGAUCUGCUCACAGUAUAACAGUUUUCCUCAGCAGAAAUAUUACACUGACCUAGAGGCCUGGGUUAAUGCUAAUAACAUUUGAGCUUGAACUAUUGUGGUUGAUCAGUAAUUGACAAAUUGUGAAUUUAACCACAUUUUUUGGCACAUUUGCAGACAUAACGUCCUUGUUUUGCUGCACUAGCACAACCUUAUUUUUCAUGACUUGAAAUACAUGUUUUAUGUUGUUACUGUGCCGGUAAAAUAAAUAUGCAAUCAGUAUUAAUCAGAUGAACAGAAAAAGGAUGAAAAGAUUUUUUAAAAAUUAGGGGGAAGGCAAUAUUUACUGGAGAAAAUGAAUUACAUCCUCUAGACUCAUGAAACCAUCCCCAACGUUUUUAGACAUUUUUUCUGAUUGAUUAAAAACCAAAAAUUUAAAUCUCUUAUUUUACAAAAGUAUUCAGAAGUUGAAUCAACUGUUUAGUCACAAGGACAGUCAGUUCAGACUUCUUUUUCUUUUCCAUCUCCUCAGUUUGAAAGAGUUUUCUUUUGACAUGAAAAACUUCCAGCUGAAGCAGAAGAAUCCACUUUGUACCAGAGUUAGUACAAAGACAGCAGGCAAGGCUGUUCAUGGUGACUUUGGUAAUUCAAAGUGUUUGGCGGUAGGGACUGAAUUCAAUAUUAAACCUUAUUGUAUUUAGCAUUGGUUUUCAUUAUUAUGAAAAUAAACACCGAUUAACCUUUGCACAUAUUAAAGACACAGCAAGUUUACACAAUGUCACAUUUCUUCACAACUACAAAAAAGGACAGCCCUGAGUUUUAACUCUCUUUAACUCUUAGCUUUGUUUCUUUCUAAACUUAUUUUAAUGAGUUGAAUGAACUCUCAGCAGUUAGAACAGCUCAUGUUUAUAAGUUCACAUAACCAACACAACUAUCAUACCUUAACUACUUCAUAUAAAGAACGUUGACCCAAGUGAUAUAGAUCCCUAGCACUUUAAACCAAACACCUGACCUCUCAGUUGACAUAAGUGUUGUCAGAAUGGAAAUACACUUAUUCACAUUUUUACUGAGAGUAAGAUGAGAAGGUUGAUACCACAAUAAUGUAUAAGUAUGAACCUGCAGCCAGCAGCUGGCUAAUAUAGCUUGUAGAUUUUGUUACCUUUGUACAGUGCCAGGCUUUCCUCUGCCUCAGGUCCUUAUGCUGUUUAAAGCUAAACGGCUGCUGGUUGUAGCUUCACAUCUAUCAUACAGAUUUGAGAGUGUUAUCAAGUCUCUCGUUUGGCUCUCAGCAAGACCAGUAAUAAGAGUGUUCCCAAAAUAUUAACUAUUCCUUUAAAUUGCACUCACAUAAACACAUUCUUUGUAUUACCAUCCAUGCUUGAACAGAUGUUAAGACACAUGACAAUCUCUGAACUAACUUAAUAAGUUGAUUAAGUACAUCCUUACCCAUCAUCAACAGAAGAAUGCUGUGUGAUUCCUGAUGGGACACAUUCCGUGUUAAACUCUUAUGGACGUCAUCUUCCUUGCAAUCACAGAAUUGCCCCCAGAAUAUACAAAAAAGGUGACCAAUAAAGGUACAAAUAGUUUGUUCAAAAGGGACAACGCCUCCAGCUUGAAAUUGAUCCCAUGAUUCCUUGCACUGCUUCAUUUGCAGUAUCUGUGCUGAAAGUAAUGAAAUAAUUACUAACAAUAAAUGUAAGCUUGUUAGACUUUCAUCACCUUUUCGUCCAACUUUAAACAGAUGAAUUAUCAAAAAGCUUACAUUUGAUUUUUCUUCAUCUGUAUUGUAUUUGUAUUUUAGUAUGUCAAAAGACUAAUUUCAUGUUUGGUCAGUUCAACUUAAUCUGUUUAGUUCAUGGCUUUCUCUCAUUCCUAAUAAAAACAAGUGAACUAGA